AUGCCGUCCAUUCUCUCCGAUGCGGAUAAAGAAAUCGUGAGACGCACGGUUCCCAAACCUGCAAACAAGAUCCUCGCCGUAGCAGUCGCAAGGCUAUAUGUGGCAUACCCCAGCCCAAGCAAAUGGGCCUUUACUGGUCUGCAGGGAGCUGCAGUUCUUGCGAACGACCUAGUUGGACAUACAUUCUGGAUUAAGCUGGUUGAUAUAUCGCCCGCCGGCAGAGGUGUUUUAUGGGACCAAGAACUAUACGACGGCUUCUCAUACAAUCAAGAUAGGACAUUUUUCCAUACCUUCGAAUUAGAAGUAUGCCUUGCAGGUUUAUCCUUCGCAGACGAGAAAGAAGCCAAGACAUUUUUGAAAAAGGUUUCAGAGCGGGAAAAGAAUGCGAGCAAGGAAACAAGAGGGACCCCGUUCUCCUCGACGAAAGGUCAGGGCCCGCCGCAUGUAAGCAAUGGCAAGACUCACCACCGCUUUGGCUUUGGAAGCCUUCUGGGGCACCGGACGUCGUCUGCCCCUACUCCUCAACCAGCAGAAUCCGUUACAUCUCCACGGCCCAUACCCUCGGACAUUUCCACUGCAUCGGCGCGCAGUGCAACCCCAGAGAAGAAACCCUCGCCUAUGGAUACAGUAGACCCAUCGUGGAAAGGCAUACUAGAUGAGCUAUUGGCUAUGGGAAUAACGGAAGAGCAGAUAGCCGAGAACGCGGAUUUUAUCAAGUCCUACAUCGAAUCAAAACAGAAUGAGGAGUCUCAACCUAACGUGGAGACAAAUUCGCAGGAACCUCUUCGAAAACCUAAAGCCGCGCCUCCUGCGCCUCCACCCGUUCCUCCUCCAGUUGCUAAAACAUCAACAUUGAGUCCACAAAAUACGGGUGGCACGAGCCGGCGAGGCGCGCCGCCACCUCCUCCUCCAUCUCGAAAACCUCAUAACGAUGGCUCGCCCUCUCCAGCUCCGGCAUCUCCUCCAGCGUCCCCUAAAAGAGAGCCUUCUCCCCCAAGACCAAGAUUCAGAGCUCCCCCCCCUAUCGCGGAUGCCGGGAAGUACGCCCAUAUAAAUGCACCAGCGCCAAGUACACGAAGCCGAGCUUCAUCUACCUCACAUCUGGCAACACCAGGCCCCCCGCCUCCACCACGACCGCCUAAGACCCCUGACAAUGGCCCAGCUCGACUCCAUCCACCUCCACCUCCUCCCCAAGUUCAUAACGAUACCAAAUCCGCAACCCCCCCAGCACCCCCCAGCAGGGGCUCGGUACCUCUCCCGCCACGCCGCAAUAUUAGCCCACUACAGCCGCCGCCUCUUCCACCGAAGACCCCCCAUGCUGCUAGCCCUACUCCAGCUCCUCCGCCGCCUCCACCUCCUCGGGCUGCUGCUGUGCCUCCACCACCUCCAAGGCCUACUAGUCAACAGUUUUCACCUACCUUUGCGGCUCCACCGCCGCCGCCUCCUCCUCCCCCUCCACCAAGUGCAGCACCAGCGCCGCCGCCACUGCCUCCGAGCUCAAGCCCAGCAGCACAACCACCUCCACCCCCCCCCCCCCCCCCCCCCCCAGCUCCCGCUCUCCCUGGAACUACCGGGACUCCGCCAGCACCCCCUCCACCUCCUCCUUCUCUCCCUGGUGCUACUGGAUCUCAUCCUACCCCUCCUCCUCCCCCGCCUGGUGGUGCGCCGACGCCAAAACCUCCCGCCGGAAAUGAUGACUUACUGGCUUCAAUUCGUGCCGCCGGCGGCAGCGGUCUUCGAAAAGUGAAAGAUUCCGAUAAGCGAGACCGAAGUGCGGCUAUUGUUCCUGGUGGCUCCAAUGGUGCGCCCGCUGCAGCAGCCGGUGUUGGUGCUGGAGUAGCUGCUGGUGGAAUGAUGGGCGCCCUGCAGGAAGCUCUUGCGAAGCGAAAACAGAAAGUUAGUGGAAGUGAUGAUGAAAAGUCCGAUGAUGAAUGCAAUAGACAUGUGAGGCAACCGCUUUUCCAGCAGAGCCAAUCCUUUACCACUACGUCCAAGAGAACAGGAACAUUUCUGCGCCGACUCUUCGGGCUUCCCUCACCAAGACCAAAACCCCAUUUAAAUCCAGAUGAUCUGCCUUCUAAUGGGCAUUUUGAGGAUGGACAGGAGUAUAAUCCAUUUACUUCUGGACGGAAUUUAGCCUUGAAAGCUUCAAAUGAACCCCGGCUACGGUGCACAGAGUUCGAUGAGAAUGGGAACGUUACGCUCGUGAGCGAGGAGUUUAAAAAGAGCGAAUUGAUCGCAAAGUAUGGCCUUUUGCCCCGUGAUCUUCGAAAAAUCGAUUCCUCCAUUCUUCCUCAUAUUCUUGUUCGUCAUACCGCCAUACUCAUCAGCCUUCUUCACCUCCGAGUAUUGAUUAAGGCAAAUCGAGUACUAGUCUUUGAUGCGUAUGGCUCAGCGGAUACAUACACCCAAUCUCUCUUUAUGUAUGACCUUGAAGGAAAACUACGCCAGAAAGAACCGACCUCGAGACAGGCUGCUGCCACGGGAGCACUGCCGUAUGAAUUUAGGGCGCUUGAAGCAAUCCUAAUUAGUGUAACCAGCGGUCUAGAGGCAGAGUUCGAAGGCGUCCGAGAGCCUGUGGUACGAGUUCUCAGGGCUCUUGAAGAGGAUAUUGAUCGGGAUAAAUUGAGGCAUCUUUUGAUUUAUUCAAAGCGGCUUGGAACGUUCGAGCAAAAGGCCAGAUUGGUCCGCGACGCCAUUGAGGAUCUAUUGGAAGCUGAUGACGAUCUCACUGCAAUGUACCUUACCGAGCGGUCCAACGGCAUUCGGAGAGACGAGCACGAUCAUCAGGAAAUAGAGAUGCUACUUGAGUCAUAUCACAAAGUAUGUGAUGAAAUAGUUCAAGCUAGCGGAAAUUUAGUGACGAAUAUUCGUAACACUGAAGAGAUCGUAAAAGCCAUUCUUGAUGCCAACCGCAACUCUCUCAUGCUCUUGGAGCUUAAAGUGAGUAUUGGGACUCUAGGCUUAGCGGUGGGCACGCUGUUAUCGGCACUCUACGGCAUGAAUCUCAAAAACUUCAUUGAAGAGUCGGACAUUGGGUUUGGUGCCGUCUCUGUUGUUUGUUUCGCUUCCUCUGCAUUUGUUUGCAUAUAUGGGCUCAUGAAACUACGAAAAGUUCAGCGCGUGAGAAUGUGGGGCGAAGGUGGGCUCCAAGACCCCUAUAUGGGUGCAUUGGGCCUUCGAGGUCAUGCCCAAUUGCCAGCUCGAAGAAAUUGGCGUUCCGACUCAAUGGAUGCGGCUUGGGCAGGCUUGCCUAUUGAAGGCCGUAUGCAGAGGAUGCGCAGGGCAAAAGGUGCGGCGGCCACUGGAGGAGCCACAGCAUCAGGCAUUUAUUCAAACAAUAAAAAUAGUGAAAAGUUGACUUCGACCGACUCCAAGCCAGCGAAAGGCGAGCAGAAAACUGGGGGGCGACAGGUUGAAGGUGACCAGGCCCCCUCUGACGAAACUGAUUCUACAGUUAGCAGCGCCGGGGCUUACAGCACUGCGCGAUAA